AUGGGCCUCCUGACCAUCAUUAAAAAGCAGAAACUCAAGGAUAAGGAGUGUCGAUGUUUAGUUUUGGGAUUAGACAACUCUGGGAAGUCCACGGUUGUGGAUUGGGUGCUUAGUGUCUAUAAGAAUCAAGAUCGCCGGACGAUCACUCCAACAGUGGGAUUCCAAAUCCACACUGUGCCGUUUGCCAAUCACAACGUGCAAUUGUGGGACAUUGGUGGACAGUCUACUUUGCGGCCUUACUGGGAUAAUUACUUUGACAAAACGGACGUUCUGUUGUGGGUGAUGGACACCGCUGCAGCAAGCAGGAUGGACGAAUCUGUACAAGAACUAAAAACGAUUUUGCGUAAUAGAGAUCGAUUGGGGUACAAUUGUCGGAUAAUAGUGCUACUAAACAAGAAAGAUUUGGUGGAAGGGGCCGAUAAAGUGACGCAGACGCUCCAAAGCGAUUUGGAGCGUUUGUUGCAACUGGAAAAUGUUCCGAUCGAAACAAGGGCAAGUAAUGCUUUGACUGGAGAAGGUUUGGAAACACUUAUGGCAUCGAUUGUGGGCGGAAAAUGUGUAGAUCGGGGAGUAAGAGAAUCAACGAUAAAAUCCAUCUCGUAA